CUGUGUUGUAGGCGCGGUGCGGAGGAUGGACAUCAGGCCGAACCACACCAUUUACAUCAACAACAUAAACGAUAAGAUCAAGAAAGAAGAGCUGAAGAGGUCCUUGUACGCAUUAUUCUCACAGUUCGGUCAUGUGGUUGACAUUGUGGCUUUGAAGACUAUGAAGAUGAGAGGACAGGCUUUUGUUAUAUUUAAAGAACUUGGAUCAUCUACCAACGCUCUGAGACAACUCCAAGGCUUUCCAUUUUAUGGGAAACCAAUGCGUAUUCAGUAUGCAAAAACAGACUCUGAUAUCAUCUCUAAAAUGCGUGGUACUUUUGCUGAUAAGGAAAAAAGGAAGGAAAAGAAGAAGGCCAAAUCUCUGGAGCAGUCAGCAAAUGCAGCAAAUAAGAAGGUUAUCCAGGGAGCAACACAAAAUUCAGCCAGUGCCCCUGGGACUUCACCACAGAAUCAGCAGGUGCCUGAUAACCCACCGAACUAUAUCCUUUUCCUUAAUAACCUGCCUGAGGAAACAAACGAGAUGAUGCUGUCCAUGUUAUUCAAUCAGUUUCCUGGAUUUAAAGAAGUGCGUUUAGUGCCUGGGCGCCAUGACAUUGCAUUUGUGGAGUUUGAAAAUGAAUGUCAAGCCGGAGCUGCUCGAGAUGCCCUCCAAGGAUUCAAGAUCACUCCGUCUCAUGCUAUGAAAAUCACUUAUGCCAAGAAAUAACCAGACGCUCUUUAAAGGACUUCUUCGGAUUGAUUUUUUUUAUCAUGAUGAUACUUUGAUCAGCUAGCAUGUUUGCUCUUCUCUGCAGAAGAGAUAAGACUGUUGUGUGAAGUGGCCACCACCGUUGGGCCAGUUGCAGGACUUUGUGGAUCUCUUGAAUAGUAAACUUCUGUGCUAAAACACCGUUUUUUAUAAAAUAAAUUUAGUUGAUGCUGUUUUCAAA